AUGGGUGGAGUUGCUUCAAUGGAGGGGGGGCAAUGCGACGAACUAGCUGCUUCAAUGGAGCCAUUUGAUCAAGUACCAGCUUUCGAAGAUGGAGAUGUCAAGCUAUUUGAGUCAAGGGCCAUUACAAAAUACAUAGCAUACAACCAUGAAGGCAAGGGAACUCCCCUUGUGUACAAAGAAGGAAAGGAAAUGGCCGACCUAGCUAUUUGGAUGGAAGUCGAGGCUCACCAAUUUGAUCAAGUAGCCUAUAAACUCGCUUGGGAGCUUGUUUUCAAGAGCACGUUCGGCCUACAAACUGACAACGCUGUAGUUGAAGAGAACGAAGCUAAGUCGGUUAAGAUCCUUGAUGUCUACGAGGCUCAUUUGUCUAAGUUCAAGUAUUUGGCCGGUGAUUCCUUCACUUUGGCUGAUCUUCAUCACUUGCCUACCAUGCAUUACGUGCUUGGUACAAAAGAGAAGAAGUUGUUCGAUGAACGCCCUCAUGUGAGUGCUUGGAGCAAGGAUAUCUUAGCUAGGCCCUCUUGGGGAAAGUCCUUGGCCUUGCAGAAACAAACUUAAGGCAUGCUAUAAUAUAAUCGGCUAUGUAUAGUCCUGCUAUGUUAGAGUGUAAUGCACCCGAACUUAUGUUGGUGUUCUGCUUUCUAUGUGGUUGUAAUGUUAAUGACUCUGGCUUGAUGUGCUGUUCUUAUGUAAUAAUAAUACCUGAGUUUUUUUUAGCUAUAAA